CAGCCCAAGCAGUCACAAUCUCCUCCUCUUAAACUCAGCAUCCAUCUGACACCAUGUGGUCCCAGGCUGUAGCUUUGCUGCUUGCCUGCUGCUUCUGGCCCGCUGAGGCUCAGAGUGACGGCAGGAGACAAAGCAUCUGGGAUGAUCCCAUCAGAUUCAGCACCAAGGCUAAGGACGUGUGCACUAUGAGCGUCACUGGUCAUGGGGAAUACACAAAGUUGAGGCUGUCAUGCCAGAGCAACAGGCGUUCCUACUGGUGUGAGUAUGUGGGCAAGCCUCAAACUUGCCGCACUUACAACAAAAAUCCUCGGCACUAUUUCGUCCAGAUGAUGUGGAACCUGAGAAAACUCCACAAUGCCUGCCAGGCACCGAGAGAGAUCAAACCUCAUAUGUGCAGGAAAGCAACCGAUGAAUCUCAGAUGGUCUUUUCAUCUGCUUCCUUCCCUCGACCAUUGGGGACAAGACCAGCAAUGCAGCCUGCAAGACCUCAACCUCCACUUGCGCCUACAAGGCCUGACUCAGCAAGGCAAGCUGCCACAAAGACCAUCCGGGUGCCACAAAGAGUAAAGACCACACAAAGAGCGAGUCCACAACCAACAACACCUCCAGUUGAGAGCACUGGUAAGAGGGUGGCUCGACGGUACUGCUGGAGGUCACUGCAAGGCAUCUGCUCCUUUGUCGUUGGGUUGUUUAGGAAUUAACCAGAAAGAUUUACAAUUCUGAUGAAGAUAACUUCUGAUGUCUGAUUAAAGCAGCCCUUGGAGGGAAAUUCCGGACCAGCAGUUUUUUAGUCUUAGGCAGAAGAACUCCAGCGCCCUCUUCAGGGGAAGCAGUGGUACUGCAGUGACUUUCAAAAACACCGUUUUGACUCAAUCUUACAUCUUCGACCGAGAUCCAGUCUAGAAGAGCUUCAAUACCUUGAUUAAUGUUUUGCAUGAACAACCUGUACAAAAUGGUAAUCCUUUUCCUUGUGAUAAGAUAUGUAUUUAUGUUUGUUUACUUGUAUACAGUCUACUUGCGUCGCUUCAUACUGAAUAUUACAUUGUUGGAAGAGAUCAGUUUUUAUUUUAGACUAAAAGGAAGGGGAUACUAUACUGGUAUAUUUGAUGGAAUAUCAAAAAUGUGAAAAUGUUUUAUUAAAUAUAUAAAUAUGAUUUUCAA